GAUGAUGGUGAUACAGCUCUACAUCUGGCCGCCUACUUCGGCCAUGCAAGCAUAUUGGAACUUCUAUUAGAUGCUGGGGCACAGGUUCUGCAAAACAAUUAUGGCAACACUCCUCUACAUGAUUGUUUUUUGGAUUCUGAGGGAACUUAUAAACACCAUCUUUCUGUGUCUCUUGCGUUGAUGAAGAAUCACAGAUAUAUGUCUUCUGUGAAAAACAAUAAUGGCGAAACUGCUGUGGAAUUAUAUGAAGGGCAUCAGUGUAAAGUAUAUGAUGACACAACUAGGUCAAUACAGAAACAAGAACUGCUUAACAUAUUAAAAGGAGGACCGUUGCCUACUAUUUCAUUGGAUGAGACGUCUUCUGUUCCAGAACUAAUUGCUGCCCGUGGACCAGAGCAAACAAAGUAUUUUAUUGAAGCUAAGAAGGAAGGAGCAGUAGAUAUGAACAUGGGAAAGGUGAUGGUGAUGGGCAGUGAGGGUGCUGGAAAAUCAUGUUUGGUUAACUCAUUCCUUGGAUUGCAAUUUAAUGUAAAUCAUGACAUAACUGAUUGCAUUGCUGUCAAAAAGGUCGUUUCCAAAAACACUGCUGAAGCUGAUAAGUGGGAAGAAAAUGCUGGGGAUGAAAAAGCAGCUGAAAUUUAUGAUUCAGGUGUUGCACACAUUGUAACUAGAAAACUUUUGGAUGGAGGAAAGGAGAGUCCAACGGCAGAAAGCACAAAUAAUGAAGCUGACUCAGAAAAUAUGCAGACAUCAAGUAAGAAGGAAACAAGACGUGAGGACUCAGAAUCAAGUGUAAAGGAUGAGAAGAAAUCUAAAUCAGUCAAACAAUUAAUAUCAUUGUUUAACAAGGUAAUAAUACCCAUAUUAUUUUUUUUUUUUCAUUUAAAAUUCAUUUUUUUGUAUAUAUCACAGAUCACACAAAUCACAAAACAAUUUUCAGAGGUUCAGUUUCCCACUAAUGAUGUAAAAGAUGUAGUUACAUUGGGAAAAGAGCAUGUAGCUGAGUAUGUUCAAAAAGACCAUGUACCUGAGCAGGUUCAGAAGAAAAUAGAGGACAAGCUGAAAAAAACUGUGAAAAAGAAGGAAACAUUAGGAAAAUGGCACAGAGCACAAGAAGGGACCUUUAACAUUCUGGACUUUGGAGGCCAACUCAUCUACAAAGGCAUACAAAGGAUUCUGAUGGUUUCUGUUGCCGUUUAUCUUGUAGUCUUCAAUCUAGAAGACAACCUUGAUUCAUUUGCAUUUGUUCUGGAUUCUUCCAAGGAAUGGCAUAGAUACCAUAUGACAAAUCUUCAGGUUAUCCUGUACUGGAUUAGUACCAUUUACUCUGACACACGUGUAAUGGAACAAGACGCUGACAGUAGUACAGAUUUGCCAUCUGUUUUUAUUGUGGGCACCCACAGUGGUUCACUAAUUCUUGGAAAAGACGAAAAUGAGAGAAAACUAACGGUGAAAGAGAAGUUUGACAAAUUAAAACGUGCAUUAGCAGGCACUCCCUAUGAAUCACAUGUACAUACAACAUAUUUUUGUGUGGAAAACAGCUCACUGAAUGAUGAAAAUAUUGCAAAGCUUAAAAAGGAACUGGAAAAGCUGAUGAAGAAAAUGGUUAGGACGAUUCCUCUCAGUUGGGUGCAUUUCCAAAGUGAAAUCCAAAAAUUAAGUGAGGAGAAAGUGAUUUGUCCUUUGAAAGAGGUGAAAUUUAUUGCUACAAAGUGUGGAGUAUCAGAUGAAAAUGCCCAAAUUGCUUUGCUAGACUAUCUGUAUGAUCUUGGUGAAAUUGUAUUCAUCCGUACAAUUAAGGAACUACAAAAUGAUGUUGUUGUUAAUCCAUUGAGUUUAGUUGGCUAUUGUAAGGCUGUCUUCACUGUCAUCAUUCCAGAGCUACAGUCAGCAGUAAUGAAGCAGAGUUGGAGAAAGUUGGACAAAGGAAUAUUGGAGGAACGUCUACUGAAGUUUCUUUGGAAGGAUAUUGUUGAAGAUUUGGACAAGAACUUUGACUUCUUAGUGAAAUUCAUGGAAAGAUUUGGACUUCUUUGUGAAAGGCAGUCACCUAAGGAUUGUGGAACUACUCAACGUGUUUUCUACACUCCAUUGCGCCUGAAACCAAUAGCAGGUCAACAAAGACUCACAGAAGACUUUGGAACUCGUGCUAUUAGCAUUUUCCAUGAUUUCUGUGGCUACCUCCCAGAAGAACUCUUUCCACAGACAGUCACCAGGUUUAUUGAGAAGUUCCAAGCAGAAGCAGGAGGUGAACCUGAGUUGGCACAUGAGUAUGCAGAGCUCUACCUUGAUGACAACCAUUAUGUGAUUUUUUCUGUUGUCACUGUCAAACAACGACGGAUGUUUAAGACAACAAUUGUAAGAGCAGUGAUUCUUAGUGAGGCUAGUCCUCCAGCUGAACCAGAGCCUCAAUCAUGCAAAAAGGUGUUGAAGUUUCUUGAGACUGUGUUUGAGUUACACAAUGUUAAUGAAAGGAGAGGAAUACAUGUUAAGUUGUGCAUCCCCUGCCCUUGUAGUAAGAAUACUGAACAUAUGCAGAUACUGGGAGAUUUUAAACAAGACUUGCUUCCAUGUGGACGAGACCGAGUGAGAAUAACACGCUACCAACAAUUAUUUGGAGAUGGUAACAUAACUGAAAAAGGAAGUGUUUUGGAUGAUAAACAGUUACUCAGAUUGUGUGAUGCAAUGGAUAGCAAUUGGAGAAGGCUUGGAGUUCAGCUUGGAUUAAGUCAUUCAGAAAUACAGAAACUUGAAAGUGAUAGUGUUCAAGAAAAUGAUGCAGUGAUGGCAAUGUUUGUGUCAUGGAGAAAUCGACAACCAACUGAUAUCAAUCAGGUAUCUGUGAUGAGGGCAGCGCUUUAUCAACGGGGUUACAUUCGACUUGCUGAGCAACUGAGAGAUGACUUUUGCCUACCUGAAAACUUCUCUGGGUUUCUUCAUGAUGAUGACCUGAUGCUUAUUAGUAAUGGAAUUGGCAUUAAGUAUCCGGAAGUUGCAGUACGUCUUGGUCUUACAUGGAGUGAUGUGUCAUCAGCAAAAACACAGCAUCAUAGCCGUAUUUUUGAUUCAUCCAUGGAGCUGUUGACCAAAUGGCGACAGCGACAGACUCAUUCUACGAAUCAACUCCAGAUGAUGUGCGAAGCGUUGGAACACGAAGGAUUUUCCUCUGUUGCGAAGCAACUGCGACCUAAUGUGGAAGCAUCUUCAGUUCUUUGUGAAGUUUGUUUGGAUGAUAAAACAUUGCUCAGUAUUUGCGAUGAAAUGAAAAGUGAUUGGAAACUUGUGGGUGUUCAAUUAGGACUGCAAUUAUCAGAAAUAGACUGCAUAGAAAAAGACAACAAACCUGUGAAGAAUGCAAUAAUGAAAAUGCUUGUGUCUUGGAGGGAUAAACAACCAUCCAACAUCAACCAACUAACUACAAUGAGUUCAGCUCUUGCUGAAAGGGGAUAUAGUCGGCUUUCUGAUCAAUUGACAGGCAACUGGAAUUAUGAAGAAGUAUAUUCAGAUCAUCAACCUUCAGCAUGUGCUUUAUGCAGUCUCUGUUCUGAUGAUGAAUUCUCGCUGCCAAAUCUAUCAAACAUUCAAAACGAGUGUACAAUUGAUGAGCAAGACUUCCGAGGGAUUCUAUUAAAAAUAUCUGAAAAUUUGGAUGAAGAAGAUCUGUGGGUUUUGAAGGUUGCUCUCACUGAUCUCAUCAAAGACGCACACACACGUGUUGAAGCAGAUCGGGCAACUCAACUCUUUGAGAGUUUGAUCAAACAAAAUAUCCUGAACCCAAAUGACAUGCGCAUUCUGCCUGAAGUAUUCCAGUUAACUGGUUUAAAUUAUUUGCAGCGAUUCAUCAAAGGAUGCCCACAGGUGAAGGACAUUCCAAUUACUUUCUUUUCCAAGUUCCGCCAGUCUGUAGUUGCCUUUGGAAGAGCACUAACUGCCAGCCUUACAAGAGAGAUCGAAUAUACAUUUUUUGGUACAGAAAAGUUGUACAAGAACAAAUGGCUGUCUCUUAUACACAUCUAG